AUGUCAAACCCUAUAACAUAUAUUGCUUGGUUUUCCGGUGGUUAUGUAACUUCCAUUAUGAUCUUUGGUUUAACAAUUUAUGGCCCUCUUGUGGUGAUAGCACUUGGCCUUCCACCGGAAAGAGCUGGUAUAUUGACAUCAUCCGCGUCUUCACGAUUUACACUUGGGGGAAUGAUUGCGGAGCUCAUAGGUUUACUUAUUGGUCCGGAAUCUAAAGAAUUAUUGGCAUCUCUAUCAGUAUUACAGUUUUUAUUUUCUUUUAUUUUUUAUUCUCACGCACGUUGGUCUUCUGGUUUUACCGGAGAAUCUCUGUUUUAUAUUAUGACAACAUUUUCUGGUGCAAUAUCUCGUUUAGGUGAACAAGCUUUUGUAGUAUGGAGAUUGGAAAGUAUGGGAAAUGCAUUUGCUUUUGGCGGUUAUGUAUCUGGUUUAUUACCUGAAUAUUAUUAUCGGUACAAACUGAAUACUGUUGAUGUAAAUAAUCCAUCAUCGAUUCGAUCUAUUUUAUUGGAAUUAUGUUUGAUUAAUAUUAUAAUUUCAACGAUUCAUUUAAUUUUCAUGAUUUUGGACAUAUAUUAUGUGAUAGAAGAUAAUAAAGCUAAAUUAUCCUCGGGUAACAGAUGGCAAUUAUUAAAGGAAUCUUUAGUAAAUAUCCGUAAUGUGGCAUGGGCAUUGAGUUAUUCUGCUAUGGAAUCAUCGUGUAAUUUAUUUUACCCAUCUAUACUCGUGUUGGAUAUGGAUAUUUACACUGAAGAUAAUAGGGCGGUCCGGCAAUCUUCUAUUAAAACUGCUUACAGUAUAGUUAGAUCUAUAUUGGCCUUAAUAUUUAUAGUAUGGGAGAUUAUUAAUCCACAUUUUUUCCAAAUAAAAGGGAAGCCAAUGUAUACAGACUAUAUGUCCCUAAUAAACAUUGGUUGGAAUAGUUUAUGGACGUUUUCUGCAAUCUCAUUCACAAUAAUUAGAAAUAUUAUUUCUAUAUUAGUUACACUGACAUAUCACUAUCCGAACAACCCCUUCCUUUCAUUAAUGAAAACCUACAGUUUCAUCUAUUACUUUUCUAUUUUUUACAGUUUCUCUAGAACAUAUUGUUAUUUGAUUUUUGUACAGAUAUUUUCACAAUUGGGCCAAUACAAUUUCAUAAUAGAUGAAAUCAAUAAGGAAGAUUUUAACAUCAUAAACUUAUUACGUUGUAUCCAUUGUAGAAUGUGUUGUGCAUGUAAUAUGUUAUGUUGUUCCAGCUCAGGUGAAGCCAAGUGUUGCGAAGCGUGUAGUAGCAAAUGUUUGAGUGUUGCGAAAGAUAAACUAAAAGAAUCUAGGAAAUUAAUUUGUUCAUCCAUCAAGGUGUUUUCUAAAGUAAAACGAAGUGACAGUGGCGGUACGAAGAAUAGUCAAGAUAAGCCAGAUUUACUGGUAGGGGUUAGUAACAUUAAACAGUCUAAGGAUAUGCUCUUGAAAGUUAUUGAAGAAUUGAAUGGUAGUGUUAUAACCAGUUGUAAUGGUGGAGGUUCUUCAUGUGAAUGUAAUUGUACCACUAAUUGUACUAGUGGUGGUAAUUGUUGUAUUAUAAAAUUUUUAUGUGGUAAAGAUGAUUGCUGCAAAGAUGGACAGAAGUGUUGUGAAAAUGGAGUUACAGAUGUGUGUAGUAAAGAUGAUUGCUGCAAUGAUGGGAAGACGUGUUGUAAUGGAGGUGAAAGUUGUAAAUGUUGCAAUUCAGCUAGUGGAGAUACAUGCAGUGGUAGUUCUGGUGGUAAAUGUGGAUGCUGUACACAGUCCGGGAACAGUACUUGUUGUUGCAAGGAUGCUAAGAAAUUCUGUUUGGUUUGUUGCAUCUCCAAUAUAACUGGAAGGUUCGAGAGAUUGAAAAGUGUUAACAAUAUUUCAAUGCAGUUAUGCAGUUUCACAUUGCUGCUCUUCAGCUCAAUCACGUUCGCAGUGCAGGCUGAAUACUUGGAUCUUCAUAGUACCUUAAGGUAUAUUAGGAAGAAGAGAGGUAGUUACUUCAUUGAUACUGUACAUCCUGUUAUUGGUCUUUUUUGGUGGGUUUGGCACGCGCUCAUUAUGUGUGUUAUAAACAUGGUUAUAGAUCCAUUUAUUUAUACUGCAAGUUUUCUAGGUAAAGUGUGCCAGUUCUUCAGAAGACGAACCAACAUCAACACUAAUCCAAUAAAUCAAACUUUUAGAAAUCCUAGUAUGAGCAACAGGAGACCACCUGCCAAUACAUAG